AUGAAGAGACGCAACCCUGAUGCAGCUAUAGACGAACCAACAACAAGCCCCAGAAGGGUAAUCUCCAACUCGGAUCUCACUUUACCAUCCUCCCUGCAACGGUCGAUCUCCCCUCCCCUCGCUAGGACGCCGCGCCUGAGUCGCAAAUCGCACACUUAUCCCGAUUCUACGAAUCUAUUGACUACUAAGGCGGUGACUACAGCAGCCGUUGAGGCCGGUCGACUUGAAAUCCAAGAUCAUGUGUCUUUCUUCUCCUCCAAACUCUUCGCGGCGACACGUCCACCCUGCGCAGGAACACCUCGUCUCUCCCACUCCGACUGGCUAGCUCUGUACCGUCGAAAUCUCAACGACAGAGGGCACCAUUUCGUUGUCCAUCAGCACGACCACCCGAUAGCAGGAACCCAUUAUGAUCUCCGGUUGCAAUGUAAUGCGACGAGCUCAAUCAGCUUCGCUAUCAUGUACGGCCUUCCCGGUGACCCGAACAGUAGUAGAUUGAACCGCAACGCUACCGAGACUCGAGUUCAUAACCUGUGGAACCAUCUGAUCGAGACCGCCUCUCAUGAGACGGGUACGAUGCUGCUCUGGGAUACUGGUGAAUAUGAAGUAUUACCUUAUGAGUCUUCGUCGGGUAAGGCCAGCGCUGCGGACGACACAACAGCCACCGAGGAUUCGGACGCGGACAGCGACAGCGACAGCGACUUGACAUCACGAGAAAACGCAGAGUCGGAGCCAUCGAAACUGCACCGCGCGUUUCAGAAUCGCAAGAUCAAGCUCCGUCUGCACGGCACACGGCUACCGAGGAACUACACUCUGAGCCUGAGACUCACUCACGACAACAACCGGAUUACACAACCCGAGGCACCGGCCUUUAAGCGACGGAAAAGGAACAAUCAGAACUCGACCGCUUCAGCGCGCCGGAGAUUGAGGGCGGAGGAACUUGACACGACAGAUUCAGACCGAGCAAAAUCCCCAGUGGCGGCCGAGAUGACCUCAGGCUCAGAUUCCGACCUCGACCGCCAACACCGCCACCGUGCGGGACGGUCUCCCAUGCUACGUCGAAGUGUGUCCUCCCUCCUACGCACUGCAUCUCCACCACGUCCGAGACUCUCGGAGUCUGUCAUACAAGUACACGAGUCCACACCAACUAGGAUAUCCCGCCAGCCUACGAAAGCAGACCCGGAGCACGACUACGACGAAGACGAAGAAGAAGCCCGGAUCCGCCGCAACAACGCUUACCCCGGCGCAACCAACAGUAUCAACUCGAUCCACCAACGCAGGUGGUUCCUCUCGCUUGACCGCGCUGCGUGUGGCUUCCGCCCCACGAACCAGACCGCAUUUGGGCGGAAGAUAUGGGAGCGACCGCGCUUGUCCCCAUCUUUACCCGAAGCAAAACGACGUCCAUCGUCGACGGCAGUAGUGUCAUCGGCAUCAGAACCAGCGUCAAAGACGAGAACCCGAAGCGACAGGUCCCCGAAUGUAAAGGAAGAAGAACAACAACGACAAAACCACGCAGAGACCCUGGGCGGCUUUCCCUCCUUUCACGUCUUGGGCAGAGAGGUCGAAGUCAGCGUGCUGACGGGACGCACCGCCGCCGAGGUGGCCAACGACGAAGACCUCGUGGGAUAUAAGCCGCGUGAAGGGUGGAGGGGGGUGGUCGAGUAA